GCUUCAAUAUUCUCAUUUGAUGAGACUGAACCACGAGUAUCAUCACCAUGGCUCAAGCAGCUUGAUUCUCUGAAUAGCACCAGAACUCCAUCGCGCAACAGUAACUUUGUUGCCGAGUCUGAGCCUACCGCUUACUUGGAUGAAGCUGGCCAUAUCACCAGGCUCGAGGCUGAGCCCCAGAAAGGUCCUGUUGAGUACAAGCUCCAUCUUCUAAUUCGACCCCGUCGCAAUUACACAUACAUGAGUACUGUGACACGGAUAUCUGGCUCGAAGCAUUCAAAGUACAAUGGUCCAUCCCGUAGUACUUCUGGGACACCGCUGCCGGCAAAGAGUGCCUCUCCGUCUGUCACGCCGAACUACAGGCAGGAUAGAUUUGAACACCUGACUACCCAGCUUCUUUGGAGACUUGGUCAAUCUUGUCCACAUCACUCGAAUGCAUCGACCACACUCAUUCUACCACAGCUGCCGGAAAGCACAACAGAGCUACAAGCACCACCAAAGCCUGGACCAAUACAUCCGGGCUUGGAAGAAAGUGAGGGUGCGCUCUACGAAAUUGGUGUUUCUGAUGAUGGCACUCUUGUCGGCCUUGCCGAGGACGAGAUGCAGGACAGUCUCAACAAUUUGCGUGCCAUGGCUGCAAGUUUGGGAUGUAUUGUUGAGGUGCAGAGGAUGGUCAAAGUCGGUACCUGUUCCUACACGGCGCAAACCGAGGGAAAGCUCUCUUCGGAAGCUAUUGAACACCAGAGUGAUCUUUAUGUAGCAGAAGCUCUGGUGAAACCAAACUUGACGACACUUGUGGACAACGGCCGUCCUCGCGUGGACAAUACGCUGGAAGAUGAUCCGAUCGAGACCAAGUCGACAACGCAACUUCGAAUAUCUCUCACAGGAGCUACUAUGUCUGGAAAAUCGUCUUUGCUUGGCACUCUGUCAACGUCAACUCUAGAUGAUGGCCGAGGCAAGAGCCGCUUGAGCAUGCUCAAACAUCGACACGAGAUUACUUCUGGUAUCACGAGCUCAGUCACCCAAGAGUUGAUGGGGUAUUCUCCAACUUCAACAGGCGAUGUGAAAGUCAUCAAUUAUGCUACAGAAGGUGUAACAUCGUGGAUUGAUAUGCACACAGCUUCCGCCGAUGGACGUUUGGUGUUUGUGGCAGAUUCUGCUGGUCACCCACGUUACCGACGGACGACGGUCAGAGGUCUUGUAGGCUGGAAGCCGCACUGGGUACUUCUUUGCGUACCUGCUGAUGACGAAGUGAAGUCCUCUAGUAAGGUCGCAGAGGUGCUGGGUCCGGCUGCCAGUGACAUCGACCUAUCUGCAGCACAUCUAGACCUCUGUCUGCGUCUUCAAUUGCCUCUGGUGGUCGUGAUCACCAAGUAUGAUUUGGCACAACUAUCCGUCUUGAAAGCCACCUUAGGGAAACUGCUCUCGGUUCUGAAAUCUGCCGGCAGAAAACCGCUGAUGAUACCUAACUCGCCAGGCACUGUCGACGAGGAAGAACUACAGAGCUUCACUCAGAAGAAAUCGGCUAGUAUACGUAAGACCAUUGACACUUUAUACAACGAUCCUCUGUCAGCAGUUCCGAUAGUCUUGACAAGCGCUGUACAAGGUGCAGGGUUCGAUAAUUUGCAUGCUGUCCUGAACGAGCUACCCAUUCCUGACCAUCGGGAGGAACCUUCAGUCAAUUCAAAAACUGCAACCUCCCUCUUCCAUAUCGAGGAUAUAUACAACAAAGCACAGGAUGCCAGUACCAUCAUUUUGAGUGGCCACUUGGGCAGAGGUACAAUAUCAACAGGAGAAGAGCUUUUCCUGGGACCCUGUUCCCCUUCUGGUGGAGAUGACUCCGAAGACUCAGAUACUCAACAGCGCCCUCGACUCGCUCAAACUUUACCACCAUCACGUUCUUUCCCAGGUGCGCUCAAGACUCAUGGAAGUCUCAAUCCGUUCAACAAAGCAUCAGAGCAAGAAUGGCGUAGAGUCAAGGUUGCAAGUAUCAGAAACUUGCGUCUUCCUGUCUCAACUCUGCAGUCUGAUCAAGCAGGCACUAUUGGUAUUGAGUUGAGUGAUGACAAGUCUCUCGAUACAUGGGCCACUAUCAAGGUGCGAAGGGGUAUGGUGCUCUGCAAUAAGCCGGCGACUUCGUCUAGCACUAUUGUCGCACAAUUCAGACGGGAUGAUUUGGGCACGUUGGCAGUUGGGAGCCAAGUUGUAGUGUACCUCGCAAGUGUUCGCUCAUCUGCAAGAAUAUUGUCCUGCAGAACUCCUGAGCCUUCUGAACUAGUAGGUGAAGACACCAGUCCGGAGGUACUUGAUCAGGACAGUGGCUCGCAGGAUGGUGAAUUUGCCAAUAGGGCUGCUGCUGGUGCUAUCACGCAUCAGUUCCUGCAGGUGACGUUCCAUUUUGACUCCACAAAGGAAUGCGUCGAAGUCGGUUCCAAGAUCCUGGUCAUGCCUGGAGGUGGUCCAGGCUUA